AUGGCUAGACUGGUGCUCGAAAGCUGGUCCUCAGUUGGCACAAUCAACAGGGCUAUUGAUCUUCAUCCGGCCUACCAGGCGCUGCGUACAAGACUCCAGUCAGUCCAGACGGGGCCGACAGUACUGGCGAGCGAGUCGCGGCUCCUCCAACAGUUAUCACCUUCACAGCAGGGGGAAGGAGCCAGCCGGAGAUCACACGACGAACGCGAGACAUCGCCCCACCGGCGCGCCCAGACAGCCGAGCGUGAUUCGCACAUGCAACGGCAACUGAUCGGUCCAUCCGAUUAUGAGGUGAGGGCCCAUGGGCACACAGGAUUGGCAGCGAUUACGACAGCCGGUCAGGGGGCAGAGGCCACAGGAGCGCGUCAUUGGCCGCCCGCGGAGGAACCAAAGCCAAUCCCCAGCCAGAAGGCAGCUCAGAGUUCGUGCGUCAGGCAUGCUUAUAACACAAGACAGGCGGCGAGGCAGAACAACUUCAAGCAAGCAGGAACAGACACCCCACCACUCUGAUGAUGGAAACGAGGAAGUUUCCGAAACGUCAGCACCAAUACACUGUGGUCCAUGCAAUCGCCCCUUUUUCUUCUUCGUCUUCUUUUGGGGAUGAUGAACGUGAUAUAUAUAUAUAUAAGAAAAAAUAGAACAGUUUCUUCGGAAAAUUCGAGUUGUACUCGUGAUUUUUUUUCGAGCUAGUGACGCAACCCGUCGUCAGACGAAAUAUCAGGACUGCUCGCAGAACUAGUGUUGCAGCGACAAGAAGAGGUAGUUUUCCAAACUGCCAAGCCAAAACUGUGGCUUCGCUACGUUGAUGACACCUUUGUCAUAGUAAAGAAGUACGAAGUCGAACGGCUUCCCCAGAGACUGAAUGACGUCUUCCCAGCCAUACAGUUUACCCGCGAAGAGGCAUAUGGAGACAGCUUGCCCUUUCUGGACGUGAGGAUACGGAAGUUGAGCGAUGGUAGCCUAGCAACAAGCGUCCAUAGGAAAGACUCUUAUUCUGAGAUUAUCUUCAACUAUGGAAGCAACCGCCCUGCAGCUCACAAAAGAAGCUGCGUCCGAAAUCUGUUCCAGCGGGCCUACCGUUAUUGCAACAGCAACGACCUCCUAAACAAAGAGCUUGCUCACCUGUAUCGGUUAUUCCGCUCUAACGGAUAUCCGAUCAGUUUUUUAAAGAACUGCCUCAGGCACCAGACACGGUCACAAGACCCCACCCCCAACGGAGAGAUUGUGACACGAAAAUUCUACUCCUUGCCAUAUGUGCGUGGAACGUCUGAAAUAAUCGCCCGGCAGUUCAACCGCUUAAGUAUUCACGUUGCCCACGAACCGGCAUCUUCACUAUGCGCAGCACUAUCUCGAGUGAAGGAUCCCAUUCCCAAGAAGCAACAAACGAAUGUAAUUUAUCGCAUCCCGUGCGCUAAUUGCUCUUGCGUGUAUGUUGGCCAUACAGGUCGAUGCCUGGGCACCCGUAUUAACGAACACAAAUUAACUAUCCGUCGGCGAGACCCCCUGUCCCUCGUCUUUGUACAUGCAGUCGGUUACGACCACCGAUUCAAUUGGGAUGGCACCGAGGUCGUCGCCAUGGCUAACACAAAACGAACGAGGGUAUUUCUCGAGGCUUGGCACUCCAAUGCGGGCAGUAGCAACCGCCACGUUGACUUAAAUGCCCAUUACGAAGGUCUACGUUCACGACUGACUGCCCCCUGCCCUAAUCACGCAUCAACGACCGCGAAUACAGCCCCCCGCAUUCCAACUGAUUCACCACCCACCCUCCCCCUCCAGCACAGCGUGCCGUAGUUGUUCCGCCUCCUCUCCCCCUCCCCUCAUUCAGGGCCUACCAUGACCUCGGCAGCCCCCCCCCCCUCACACGUCAGUGGUCUAUCUGUCCUAUCGCACCAACUGGUCUAGUGUGACAACCCAACCUUCUCCCUCGUUUUCAUUUCGUCUGACGACAGGUUGGUGUCACCAGCUAGAAAAUUCAAGAGUACAACUCGACUUUUCCGAAGAAUCUCUUAUAUUUUUUCAUUAUGUCAACUCGGAAUGCAUACCUCCUCUGAUCUACAACACAUAUACAUAUAUAUAUCGGUGAAGUUGACCGUUCAAUCAGUUGUAUCCCCGACUCUUCCCAUGCAUGAUGGAAAACAUCACCUAUUUAACGGCUCUAUGCCCUUCAGCGAGACGGUGUAGGGGUUGGCAGGUGCGUUGACACUCAGAGACUAGUUAUGGACUCCCCUCCUCGGUCUUUUUCUGCACUUUUUUACUUCUGGCUUUCUUAUUAAUCGUAAUAGCAAAAACGUUCAGGGUGGGAAUUUUCGCCGCAUUGCGAGCGGCCACUACAGUUUGGAGUCACCGGUGUGUAGUUGUUGCCCUCCCUGAACAAUACAUGGGCUGGCCCAUUCAGCGUACAGAGAGCUGAUGAUACCUCCAGGCAGUUUGCAUGGGCUUAGCUCGCACAUUUUUGGACGUUACUAUACCGCCCACUGCGGGUUCUCGUCAGUAAACAGCAUCGACUGCUCUUUGGUGUCGAAUGCUCGUUCAGUGGUCCCUGAAAUAAUUUAAGGUAACGAAAUGCACGGCAAGCCAACGUGUCUGUCCUGUAUUCUACUGCAUCCAUUUGUCUUUGACGAGAUCUUCGUUCCUUGAAAUUUAAAACCCACGUAGAGUUGUUUCUUUUAUACUAAGUACACAAACGUCUGGUCUCCACUAUAGUUAUCUUCUACGUGCUUUCAUUGGUGUGCAUUCCCAUGUGUAUACCGACAGUUCGACUGUCGUUUCCGACGAUGUACACCGUUGGCUCCGUAGGGAAAUGAGAGCAGGCACUGUGACUUGUGCGUAAUUUAGCUUAUAGUGAAUAUAGACUUGCUCAGCGUCUAACGCACUUUCUCUUCCUACACCACCUAGGCCCGGUGUCAAGACGAAGUCAAGAAGAUCGGGGGCGCAAAAGGACGCAGGUGGAUGGCGCGGUUGAGUUCGCACCUUGGCGCUCCACUCCACACCUCGUGGUCCACAUAGCAAAUAACCAGGAUUUUGACCAAAAACAGCUAUGGGGGGCGGCAGGUGUCCCACUGUGCUCGAAGUCAGCCGGCAACCGGGCCUGCAAUCGCCCCCUAAAUGUUGGCAUUUGUUGUGGUGCGCAAUCCGAUAACGUCAACUAGAAUCCGAUAUGGCCCCUGUGUUAGUCAGACGCAUUUACCACGUGGACCGUUUGGGGGACACACCUGUGUAGACCGCACAUCCACAGGACCUCCAUUACGUUGAUUUUCAAUCUCCUUAGAAGCUAACUGUUAAAUUGAAGUAAAUCAGUCUAUUUGAUGUUUAUAGGUUCAGACUGAAACGUGGUGGGAAUAUUUUGGCCGAAGUCCAUCAGCCACAGUGAAAUGACCGUGCAGCAUCUACAAGCCUCUAACAAACAGCCAGUAUUUUUGAAGCAUUUUUUCCCCGGUAUGAAUUGAAAACAAGCAUGUAGAGCAGAAUUUAUUGGGGCCAACAAAUUUCGUGACGGCUUUUCAACUGCAACCCGUCUCUGCAUAACAUAGGUAACGAAUGAAAGCGCACAGCAGUAUGAAUUAGUACAGAAUGGCAGCGCAUAGGAACAAGGUCAAAGUUCAAAAUAAUCAAUAAUCAGGUAAGACGUCCACAUAAGCAUCAAAAAGGAAAAUGGGGAGACGAAAUGUUAACAACAAAUCACAGUCAGAGGAAAAUAGAGGCGUGAGAUUACCAGGGCAAUUGCAAAUUGAUCACGUGAUCUAACUGCUUGCGCAGGUCUGGUUUCUCCCUCCGUAUGUAGGCUGCUUCCAAAUAACGCAAGGUUCGAGUUGUACGUGCUCGGACAAGUACUCGAAAGGAUGCUUUAGGGUCGACAACAUGACCGCUAUCUAACAGGUGUUUCGUUAUAGACGAACGGGGGGUUCUAUUUUCCUGUUUGAAAAGCCAAUUAGGCAAUUGGCAACCAGGGCCGCUGAACAUUUGCCCAAUUGGCUUUUCAAACAGGAAAAUAGAACCCCCCGUUCGUCUAUAACGAAACACCUGUUAGAUAGCGGUCAUGUUGUCGACCCUAAAGCAUCCUUUCGAGUACUUGUCCGAGCACGUACAACUCGAACCUUGCGUUAUUUGGAAGCAGCCUACAUACGGAGGGAGAAACCAGACCUGCGCAAGCAGUUAGAUCACGUGAUCAAUUUGCAAUUGCCCUGGUAAUCUCACGCCUCUAUUUUCCUCUGACUGUGAUUUGUUGUUAACAUUUCGUCUUCCCUUUUUCCUUUUUGAUGCUUAUGUGGACGUCUUAUCUGAUUAUUGAUUAUUUUGAACUUUGACCUUGCUCCUAUGCCCUGCCAUUCUGUACAAAUUCCUACUGCUGUGCGCUUUCAUUCGUUUACCUAUGUUAUGCAGAGACGGGUUGCAGUUGAAAAGCCGUCACGAAAUUUGUUGGCCCCAAUAAAUUCUGCUGUGCAUGCUUGUUUUCAAAACAGCCAGUAGUAUAUACAAUUGUUGCACGAUAUACCCUAAUUGACAGCAGAGGUACUAGCUUAAAGCCCAGACACGUGUUUCGCCGAUAUUCUGGCAAAGCUGCGAGGGGUUUCUGUUGUCAAACAUGGUAUAUCAUGCAGCCUGUACAUUCUUUUUUAUGUUGGAAGGCGCGCUCUCUGAAAACUCAGGAUCUCGGUUACGCUUCCGACCUCGAUAUGCGCUGCCGUUGCAAUUAUAAUUUUAAAUUGCCUGCUGAGUAAUACUUUAAGGAGCAAUAGAUUGUUGGUCUUGGACACGCCCAAGUCUUUCAGCUCCUGAUGUUCUGUCUCAGGACGUACUUCACGUUCGACGGGACAAUCUACGAACAGGUGAAGGGCAUGCCAAUGGGUUCGACGAUCUCGGUAUUCAUCAUCGAGGCGGUCCUGCAACGGUUAGAUUUGCUGGUCCUCCAACGUCACAGACCAAAAUUCUGGGCACGGUAUGUGGAUAAUACCUUCGUCGUUAUCGACCGGAAUCGACUGCUGACAUUAAAGGAACAUCUGAAUGAGGUCUUCCCCGACAUAAAAUUUACGAUGGAGGAGGAAGAAAACAACCAGCUGGCCUUCCUGGAUGUCCUCGUAUGCCGCAAAGAUUGUGGUGAACUAAAAACCAAAGUGUUCAGGAAAGCGACAAAUACGAUGCAAGUACUGAACUUCAACAGUAACCACCCAAUCAGCCAUAAACGCAGUUGUGUAAGGACGCUCUAUCGGCGUGUCGAAACGCAGUGCACUGAGCCGGAAGACAAGAUUUUCGAACCACAACACCUCCGUUGGGUAUUCAAAGCCAAUGGCUACCCGCGCAACUUUUUCGACCGGUGCAUACGCAAAAGGGACGAAAGGCCUGACGGCACAGACAUGCUUCCGCAUUUCAAGAGCGUUUCGGAAGCUGUCAGUUGCCUUCUCGUACCACUUGGGGUCGGAGUUGCACGCAGACCGGAGGCAACCAUCAGGCGUCAGGUAAUGAAACUGAAAGACCCACUGCCACGGCUGGAAACGUCUGGAGUCGUUUAUCGGAUCUGGUGCAGUUGCGGACAAAGCAACUACGUCGGAGAAACCGGAAGACAACUCCAAACGCGAAUGGCCGAACACGCUGCAGCGGUGCGGAGAAAUGACGCCAGCUCUCAAGUUGCGGCUCAUUCGACAAGAUUCAGCCUCACAUUCAAAUUCGACGAGGCCGAAAUUCUCGCAAGAGGUGACGCCGCGUGA